AUGUCAUUUGAUGAAGGGUUUUCGUCCGAUGACGAUGACUUGCUUUUAGAAUUGAAAUCGAAACCGCCAAGAGCAACUCAAAUAGCUGCAAACACACAACCAACUCAAAUCCCGAUAGUUAAUACCAAUGAUCCAGUAGGUACUGAAUUAACAAAUUUGCAAAUGCAACUCACUGCUGCUCAAGGUGAAGCAAGCAUGCUGCGAGAUAAAAUUAAAUUACUGAAUCAAGAGAAGGAUGAGGAUAAUAAAUUAAGAAAUAUAACUAAACAGAAUUUAGCAGAACAUCAUAUUGGAGAAUUGCGCAAACUACAAAGUGAAAUACAAUCAUUGCAAGAUGAGAAUAAGUUUUUAUUAAUUGAAAGUAAGCGGUUAAGUUCCAAAAAUAGUCAUCAUACAAAAAAUACUGAACGUAGACAGGAAUCCUCUUCGUCAACAGCAUCAUUUAACGUGCAUUCGAAUAAUGUCACAGCUGUAAACGACUCAGCAGGAAACACCACUGUUUCUUCGAACUCUCCGAUAUUGAAAAAACGUAAGAUAGAAGAGUCUUUGUUACUUUCUCCUAACGAUGAUGUACUGAAAGUAAAUUCUACCAUUGUUCUUCCAGAUGAAAUUGGUUUGUAUGUGGAUUCACUUUUAGCCUUUAAGAUAACAGGUAUUGAUCUAACGGUUAUAGAGAUACUGAACAAAAUAAAAUUAGACUAUAUCGACGAUUAUCAAUUUGAAACCUUUCACAAAUCUAGAGAUGAAUCGAUAGGAAAAUCCCUAGUGCAGUUGCUACUAGCAUCUAAAAUCACUAUGUCAUUAGACAUCAUGAUAGAUAAUCUAUUAGAAAAUCUGGCUAUACUCAUAAAGGAAAUUACAUUAAAUAAACGAGAGUCAAAAUUGGCUGUUCCUUUUCUAGUGGCAUUAAUGUACAAGGCUGUUUCAUUUCGGCCUAGUGCUGUUCACAAUUUAGCUUUAAAGGAUUUGUUCUUUUUCUUAUGUGAUCUAGUUAAAAAGUAUCAACAUGUACUCAAAUGUUCACUACAUGAGUCUCCGCUAGACCUUAACGUCCAGCCUGCUAUUUUUCAAUACGAAUUGAUUGAUUCUUUGGUAGUAUUAUAUUCAUUUGAUUUAUUGGAAAUGACAUUUAGAAUAUUACAGCUUCAAUCAGAUGAAGUUUUGCAGGACUUUUUUGAUAAAGAUAUCAUUAAGAAUAUUGAAUUGAUAUAUAAGCUAGCAUUACCAAUUUCUUUUCUUCCUAUCUCAAAUAUAGUUAUAAAUGCUGUUGAGAUAAUAAACCUUUUAUCUACAAUGUGUCUGACCAUUAAGCUGAAUAGCAAAAUAGAACUAAUAUCAUCAAAAUGGUGGAGAGAUUGCACCACAAGAUUAUAUGACAUAUUGAAUAAGAAUGUAAGUAACCAGAAUGAUAAUUCUCUAGAUAAUAAAUCACUUUAUCUGUCGAAAUAUUUUAAUUGUUUUGGUCUAAUACGAAACAUAGGUGAUAAUAGCAUUGCUAGAUUUAUAUCUGACUUAAUUGAUGUGGAUAGCUUACGAAGUGUUCCAAGAGUUAUUUCCAAAGAUGAUAUCCUGGAGAUAUCGACGGAUUUCACACUAAACAGUGAGUUGGAAAAGCUCUUCCUUCAACUUAAGGACGAAAUAUUAAGCACCAUCGAUGACUUGAUGAAAGUGUAUGAUACUUCUACUGAUAUAAUUAAUACCGAGCUACUAAUUCAAUUAACUAAGAUGAUGUCAGAAGAACAAAAUUUAAUGAUAAGCAAAUACAUUGUUCAAAUAUCGAUGAACUUGGAUGUAAGAUGUAAUUUAAUUGAACAUUAUCUGACUCUUAUUUACAAACUAUGGGCAUGUCAUGAAGACAAGUUAAAUUCCAUGCAAAUUAAAGAUAAAAUCCAAAGUGAAUUAGUGACGUCGUUAUGGAGGGUAGUUGUAUCUCAUGUCGAGAAAAAACGAUGGGGUUAUGAAUUAGAUUCUCCCGAGCAAUUGAAUAGCUCAAAGGAAUUGGAAGUUUAUAACCAAGGAGAUUUAGUGGAACAGUUUGCUGAAUUAGAGUUAGAAGACGAUAUACUUUUAUAUCAAGACGUCUUUGAAGAUAUGCCAAAUUAUGUUAGGGAAGAAAUAAUGAAGGAUGCGGCAGAACACUAUCCAAGGAUAAUUCAAAUUAAAUACGGUGAAAUAUACCAAGAAAUGGCUAAAAAUAUUCUGGAAACGAAGUUAGAGAUUUCCACAUCAAUGGAAGAUAUAGAUUCCAUAUAUUUAACAAUGGGAAACUAA